ACACGUGAUCGCCUCGGAGGAAGUUUCAUUUGCGAAUUUGGAGUGGACGUGCGGAAAUUAUGAGUCAUUUUGUAGUUCCCCUAAAAUGAUCUAAGUAUUUCUUAAGCUACAAAGUAAGACUUCCCCAAAUUGACUCUUCAAAGGUGGUGUUAUAGUUCUGUCGUAACGAGUUUUGGGCCGGAAACUGUGUGGGAAAAUCGUCAGUAAUUUUUUUGAGGACGACAAGAGAAAACGUUUCACAGGCUCCCAUUCGAUAAAAUGGCGGAUGGGGAAAUGGACGCUGCGGAGUUGAAGCAUAUGAUCAUGACCUUCAGAGUGUCUGAACUGCAAGUGUUGCUGGGAUACGCUGGCCGCAACAAGAGUGGUCGGAAACAGGACCUCAUGACGCGCGCCCUCGGCCUGGUUCGGAACGGUUGCAGUCUGCCGAUCCAGUUGAAAAUCAAGGAGCUGUACCGGAGGCGAUUUCCGCGCCGUGUGAACUUGAGCCCCAGCCAGCCCAGUAAUUUGUCACACUCAAGUUCAAACAGUAACCCCAGCCCCUUAGAGGCCGCACUGACCAGUAUAAGUCACCAGGCAGAGGCACAACGACUCUUCCCCAACCACAUCCAAAGCAGCAGCCUGCCUCCACAUCUACCUCCUGUGCACCCAGAUGUCACACUCAAGAGACUGCCUUUCUAUGACAUCAUCGAUGAACUCAUCAAACCAACAAGUCUAGUGCCAAGAGGAAACAGCAGGUUUCAAGAGACAUACUUUGUUUUCCAUCUGACACCCCAGCAAGCUGCACACAUCAAUUCAUCAAGGGAUUGCAGGCCAGGUAUGAAGCCAGAGUACAAUGUGCAGGUGCAGCUGAGGUUCUGUCUGCUGGAGACCAGCUGUGAACAGGAGGACCACUUCCCUCCCAGCAUCUGUGUCAAGAUCAACAGCAAGCUCAGUCCACUCCCUGGUUACAUCCCACAGCAGAAAGCAGGGGCUGAACAGAAACGUCCCAGUCGACCAAUCAACAUCACUAACCUGUGCCGCAUGUCCCCCACAGUCCCCAACCACGUCAACAUCUCCUGGGCUCCUGAGUACGGCAGGGGUUACACAGUAUCAGUGUAUCUGGUUCGGCAACUGUCAGCCAGUAUCCUCCUGAACAGGCUGAGAGGUCAUGGCAUCAGGAACGCUGACCACUCCAGAGCCAUGAUAAAAGAGAAGCUACAGCAUGAUCCAGACAGUGAAAUUGCCACCACAAGCCUAAGAGUGUCUUUGCUAUGUCCCUUGGGCAAAAUGAGAAUGACCAUCCCCUGCAGACCCAAAAACUGCACACAUCUUCAGUGCUUUGAUGCUUCACUGUACCUUCAAAUGAAUGAGAAGAAACCUACAUGGAUAUGUCCUGUCUGUGAUUCUAAGGCGCCCUUUGAUGACCUGAUUAUUGAUGGGCUGUUCACAGAGAUUCUACAGAGGACGUCGUCAGAGCUGAAUGAGAUCCAGUUCUUCGAGGAUGGAUCCUGGCACUCCAUCAAGCCACAGAGGGAAACCUGCCUGGUAACAACACCAACAAAGUCCAUGGCAGAAGACCUGAGCAUGGCGUCAGCCUCUGCGUCUACGUCCCAGGACAGACAGAAGUAUGAGAUCAUCGACCUCACGCUGGACGACAGUUCUGACGAGGACGACGAUGACUCGGUCAUCCCCACCACCAAAGACACUGGCACUCCUCAGCUAGUGCCGUCACCAGCUCCCAGGGCACACAGUAGGUCCAUGUUGGAUUCCCGACAGCCAUACGCGAUGCCGAUGUCGUCUUCAGACUUCAUGCCAUCCUACCCGAUGCCGCCACUACCACCCGAGUUCCAGGGCAUGCCGGGAUUGGACCUACUGUCUCUGCUGCAAAAUGACAGCCAGCACGAGUCUCAUCAUAUGCCAGGCCUGGAUCUGUUGUCAUUAUUGCAAAAUGACACUCAGUUUGGGCAGCCGCUGUACCUGGACCCCCUGAGCAGCAGUAGCGGAGGCAGCAGCAGUCGCUCCCACAGUACGGGACAGCCGGACGUCAUAUCGCUAGAUUGACUAGCACGCCCUUUCCAAGUCAAAGUAGAGGCCCAGCCUCCAAACACCACCUACAAUGGCUACAGGUACAGCUAUGGCUAUCCUCCAUGGAGAUGACAUGCUGAACCCGUGCCAAAAGAAAAUAGACCUUUUCAUGGAGCCCACUGCAUGCUCGGAGAUGCAGGGCACUAUGGGUAGCUAAGGAGGCAAACAAAAUAAUAGCCAUGAUAACAUAAACUAGACUGAAUGCAGUACACUUGCACAGUAUAUGCAUUAACAUGGGAAUGGUGUUGUUUGCCUCAAGCCAUCCAUAGUGCUUUGUCUCCUAGCAUACAUAUGGAGCCAUGAAAAGGCCUGUGCCAGACUAGAACAAAGAGGAAUGCAAAGUUGGAUGUCAUUACCAGUCAUUGUGAAACCAAACCAAACCAAACCAAACCAUGUCCUGAUGUUUACCUAUUACAAAAGUUCAUUAUUUUGUACCAAUUGUCAGCAAUUUAUUCUUUAGACAUUCACAAAAAAAUCAGACUAUGUAAUUCAAGUUACAACAACUUUGCAUUCCUCUCCAUGCUCACACCAAAUAUGACAAUUUAGGGAGCAGUGAAAUUGUAAUGUCAUACAAAUGGAUAUGCCAUAGUUGGAAGUGAAAUUUCUUUUCCUGUAAACAUUUACAUAAGAUCUACAUUUGUAAGCAUGGUCAUGGUAGAAAGUUGCUCAUGGAGGAUGUAAGUUAUCUCUUCAGGACAAUGUCUCGGGUUCUGAUCAGAAGUGAAAACAUUUAGUGAGACAAAUGUUAGGUGUGAGCAUGGUACUAGUAAUAAUGAGGUGGUGUUUGGGCUCUUUGGAUCUCCAGGCUCCUGAACAUGCAAUACUCAUUCUUACUUUAGAACCACUGUAGGCUGUUUUACUACAUGUACAUUAACAUGAGCAAUGGUAUGUAGACUUUGUCAUAUUUUACUUGAGAUGCCAAAGAAACUGAUGCAAUGUGUUAAAAUGAUGCAUUCAACAGUGUUUAUCAGGAUUUAAUAACUAGAGAAAUAUGUGCAACAGUAUAUAAUCUUUAUAUAAGUGUUAUAUAAUGCAGUACCAAACGUCAUACAUUAAACAAUGUAAAUGGCACACAUUUUACAAUUACCGGUAUUGCAUGUUCAAAAGCCCCUUUGCUUGGAAACUAGGCGGAAUACAUGUAUUGUCCAUAUCAAAUACAAAACAAUAGAAGUAUUUAUUUUUGUACAGUAUGACAAUGAAAUUUGUACAGACUAUUUCAGUAUUGUUGUCUGUGGGAAUAUCUGAUGUAACGGGUGUUCACUAAGUAAUCAUGUAAAUUUAUUAUGUGAAGAAUGUAUUUUAUUAGAUUAUAGAAGGUGAAAUAGUUCUUGUGUGUGUUUAGCUCAAUUGACUUGUCACAUUCAAUACGUUCAUUUUAUAGAUAGUUUUCCUCAGUGUUACCUAAGAUUGCAUCCACCACAAAGGUGACCGAAGUAUUUGUUUGAAAGUUAGUUCGUCUUUGUUGGUAGAAUUCAUUGGAUCUUGAGAAAACUGAGACAGCCAGCACAAAGAAUAGGAAGUACCCAAAUCUUCAGUGGUACAACAACACCAGUCUUUCCCAAGGAAUGAGCAAAUCCACUGCUUCUAUGAUGUCACUUUAUGCAGGUUGUGAACACCUGUUGUGUUGAGCCGUGGAUCAAAUGUACCAGAAAGUUUGUG